GACAGUCGGUUCCGGAUCGCAUUGCCCGUGACCCCGCAGUGGGUGUUUAAGGGAGGACGGACAGACUGACCAGACGCCGACCAGGGCCAGAAGAAGCUACCUAGCACCAUGCGUGAGAUCGUGCACAUCCAGGCCGGCCAGUGCGGCAACCAGAUCGGCGCCAAGUUUUGGGAGGUCAUCAGUGAUGAGCAUGGGAUCGACCCCACUGGCAGUUACCAUGGAGACAGUGAUUUGCAGCUGGAGAGAAUCAAUGUGUACUACAAUGAAGCCACUGCUGUGUUCCCUGCAGGUAACAAAUACGUACCUCGGGCCAUCCUGGUGGACCUGGAGCCGGGCACCAUGGACUCGGUCAGGUCUGGACCAUUCGGCCAGAUUUUCAGGCCCGACAACUUCGUUUUUGGCCAGAGUGGCGCGGGCAACAACUGGGCGAAGGGCCACUACACAGAGGGAGCCGAACUCGUGGACUCGGUCCUGGACGUGGUGAGGAAGGAGUCAGAAAGCUGUGACUGUCUGCAGGGCUUCCAGCUGACCCACUCGCUGGGGGGCGGCACGGGGUCCGGGAUGGGCACGCUGCUCAUCAGCAAGAUCCGGGAGGAGUACCCAGACCGCAUCAUGAACACCUUCAGCGUCAUGCCCUCGCCCAAGGUGUCCGACACGGUGGUCGAGCCCUACAACGCCACCCUGUCGGUGCACCAGCUGGUGGAGAACACCGAUGAAACCUACUGCAUCGACAACGAGGCCCUGUACGACAUCUGCUUCCGCACCCUGAAACUGACCACCCCCACGUACGGAGACCUCAACCACCUGGUGUCGGCCACCAUGAGCGGCGUCACCACCUGCCUGCGCUUCCCCGGCCAGCUGAACGCCGACCUGCGCAAGCUGGCCGUGAACAUGGUGCCCUUCCCGCGCCUGCACUUCUUCAUGCCCGGCUUCGCGCCGCUCACCAGCCGCGGCAGCCAGCAGUACCGCGCGCUCACCGUGCCCGAGCUCACGCAGCAGAUGUUCGACUCCAAGAACAUGAUGGCCGCCUGCGACCCGCGCCACGGCCGCUACCUGACCGUGGCCGCCAUCUUCCGCGGCCGCAUGUCCAUGAAGGAGGUGGACGAGCAGAUGCUCAACGUGCAGAACAAGAACAGCAGCUACUUCGUCGAGUGGAUCCCCAACAACGUCAAGACGGCCGUGUGCGACAUCCCGCCGCGCGGCCUCAAGAUGUCGGCCACCUUCAUCGGCAACAGCACGGCCAUCCAGGAGCUGUUCAAGCGCAUCUCGGAGCAGUUCACGGCCAUGUUCCGGCGCAAGGCCUUCCUCCACUGGUACACGGGCGAGGGCAUGGAUGAGAUGGAGUUCACCGAGGCCGAGAGCAACAUGAACGACCUGGUGUCCGAGUACCAGCAGUACCAGGACGCCACGGCCGACGAACAGGGGGAGUUCGAGGAGGAGGAGGGCGAGGAUGAGGCUUAAAGUCACAAUUGAAAGCAGGUUAGGGGAAGUCGAGGAGAAGGAAAGCACGGGGGAGGGGGGCUUAGUGGUGAAAAUCUCUUGGCAGUUGAAGGAAAGAAGCAUGGUCUUCUCUAGGUGUGUGCGCUGGGUCUCUGGUGCUCUUCACUGUUGCCUGUCAUUUGGGGGUUUUUUUCUUUUUGUAUUAUUGAUGACAUCAAUGUAACAUUUGAGAUAUUUCUGAACUACUGUUGUAAUGGCUAAAAUCACAUAAACGUUUGUGU